AUGUCGCUUCUGCAACAUCACCAUCAGCUCAAUCGAUCAGACCAGGAUAUAAGAGCUGGAAUCCCAAGUCCCCCUACUCUCCUCGAAAGUAUCCCGAGGAGAGACUCAAAACUGAGUGUCAAUGUAAUAAAGCAGCACAAUCUAGCCCAGCUAGGUACACAUUAUGCUUGGAGUGGUGGUGACGACACAUGUACCCUUGGCCGCGAGAGGGACACCGAACAUACCACGGCAACCAAGGCGACGGCAACAUAUUCAGUGUUUCCAACAUCAACCAAGCCGUCAGAGGCCCAGCCGGAUUACCGGCCGAAAAACCUUCACAGUCCAUUGGCUGCUAAGGAACACCCAGUUACCGAGUCUCAUCACAGCAAGAGCGCAGUCAGUGACCGAGAGAAGGGCAGAACUGCUGGAGCCGAUGACCCCAGUCGCAUCCCGUUUACUUCUCAUCAGAAACCCCCGAAGUCAGUGCUCCCAAGGAGAGACAUUACAAUCAGUCUGUCUCGUGUCACCAGUGUUGUUGAGAAGCUCCUGACGACCAGAUGGGCCUCCCUGUGCCAUCUUCAAGCAAGAGAAGACAAAGAUUUCGACCUGGAAGCAGAAUCAAAAUACGACAAGUUCGUUGACUUCCUGAGAUCAGCAUCCCGGGAUCGGGCGACGCCGGAGAACGAUCCCCUCAGACAAUUCCAGGGUCGGUGGAUUGGAUUCGACCAGGUCACUGUGCAAGGUCCAGACCCGGACUCGCCCUGCGUGCCUUACAUUCGCUUUCGCGGUAUCAGAAACGAACAAGAGGUGAAGCGUUUGCACGCAACAUUGUCCAAGAGACGUUUUUGGAGAGAGUACCACCCGCCGCUCCGAAUUUGCUUCUUGAUGGAGGAUAUCACUGUACUGGCAUCGAGUUCCAGCACAGUUACGCAUGGCCGCAGUACCGCGAUGUCGGGCCCAAGUGCGAUGAGCUACGGGUUUCGUCAACCAAUGUCAGUAUUAUGUCCAACGGAUGCCCUACGGGCUGUAAGGCCGAGCUCAGACCCCCUGAAGACAAAUUCAACCACCAACACCGUUUCAACAAGACGACCACGGAUAAGCUCACUGUGCGGGACAACCAUUACGCUAGGGACAGGGGCGAGUCGGCGCCUCGUCACCAUCGGCGGUAUAAUAACGUUGAAAGGCGAAUUCUACGCCAUCACUGCGAGCCACACCAGCCAAGCAACAGCACCACCACCAAGCCCUUGGCCGCUAGUAGAGAAAGACAUCGAAAAGACCGAAUACGACGGGGACAUCGACUCACCCCUGGUAUUCACAACUCAACAAGAACACAUGCUCCAAACGUCCGGAUCCAAAGAGCCUCAUGAGUCCCAGCCUUCUCCAUCGCAGGCAACCAACCUCGCUCGUAUCGACGUCCCCCGGACUGAUUGGGCGCUGGUGAUGGUACAGGAUCCGCGCAGAAGACUGGCCAACUUCGUGCGUUUCCACAAUGAACACGACACCCAUCCAUCCGACCCCAUCUACUUGACCGAAGUUGCUCCCAAGCCACAAAUCGGUCUUGUGCAUGUAUAUGGAGGUAUCAGCAAAAUGCAGCAGUUGACCAUGGCGUCGGAUCGAACGUAUCUCCGCAUGCCAUCCGGGGAGCUGAUGGAGGCCUGGAAAGCGUACUACACGUCGGGUCCAAGUCUAAGCAGAGGCGACUCCGGCGCGUGGGUGUUCGACCACCGCUUCAGCGUCGUAUACGGCCAGGUCAUCGCGACAACCUCCGCAUUCGUAUACGUGCUCCCCCUCGUGAACAUCUUCAAGGAGAUACGCGAAGCCACCGGAUUCGAACCCCGGCUUCCCACCCCCUUUGAGCGGCUAAGUGAGCUCGCCAAGCUGCACUUCCUGCAGGGCGACAAGCCCCUAGCAGAAGAAUACGCGCGCGAGGCGCUCACGGGCGUCGUCCUGGGCCACUCGGACUCAACCGGAGAUCACCACCACCGCCAGUCUAACACCAGGUUCCUCGCCGACUUUCUCAACUUCUUCCCGCAGCGGCGGGGGCUGGUCUGCCAGGUCGUCAUGCGAACGGGGUCGGAUAUCGCCACCGCUUUCGCUGAGGUGUGCAAGGAUGCACAGGCUAGGGAGAUGGGAGACGUCGAGGUCGCGCUGAGCUUUCUGCAGGACCUCCAGACGUACGCGGAGGACUACGGACUGGAUCUGUCUAUCACUGCGAGCACCACCAAUGGCGCUCGGCCGGGGGAGGCUAGGGCUCGGAACCGAUAUAGCCUCGUUAAAGCCUUGUAUCCGGGAUGGCUCGGAAGCACGGAGGCAGAGUAG